CCCAAGAGGAGCCGAGCGUUCGGGCUCCGGGUCCCCGGACCUGUCGUGGAACACCGGGCUUACUGGGUCCGCCCACCCUGCUAGUGGCAGGGUCCGGGCUGGUGUCCUUGCAAGGGGCCCAAGAGGUCCCGGCCUGAAACGUGGGCGGCAGCCCCUCCUGGUGUCUCCCCUCAGCCAUGGACAAUCCUAGCCUUCGUGAGAUUCAACAGCCUUUGUUGGCAGACACAGGCUGUGAGCCCUCUGCCCAGAAGCCUGGCAAGCCUGAGCUGGGGCCCCUUUUAAGAGAGACAGCUUUUGUGGAAUCCCUGAGAGGCUGGCAGUUUCUACUACCACCUCUUCCCUCUGUGAGUGCUGGCCUGGGAGAGCCAGGGCCUCCUGACGAUGAGGACAUAUCAUCCAGUGACAGUGACUCAGAUUGGGAUGGGGGCAGCCAUCUCUCCCCACUCCUACCCCCUGACCACCUUGGACUGGCUGUCUUCUCCAUGCUGUGUUGUUUCUGGCCUGUGGGCAUUGCAGCCUUCUGUCUGGCCCAGAAGACCCGCCCUAGCUGUGCCCCUGCAGCCCCCACUGUGAACCCAGAGCUGGGCAUCCAAGCACAUCUGAGGGCAGAGUGGGAGAAUCCUGGUGGAUGAGGUGGCAGCAGCAUCCAGAGAUGGGAGUGAGCUGGACUACCCCUUUCCCUUCUUGACCAUUCACCUGGUGGUGACAGCUGUGACAGAUUAAACACCAGACAUCCUCGCAGCCAAACCAGAGUCUGUGUGCGUGUGGUAAAAUGGAAGGGUUGGGAUGUCUGACAACAGAAAGGGACUGGCCAGGGUGACAGGCUGUGGUGGCCAUCCCCAGGGUGCUCUGAGGCCUGAGCUGCAGAAGGGGAUGAAGGUUUCCAAAGUGCAGAAUGGGGCUUGUGCAGUGGCUCACACCUAUAAUCCUAGCACUCUGGGAGGCUGAGGUGGGUGGGUCACUUGAACUCAGGAGUUUGAGACCAGUCUGAACAAGAGUGAGACCCCCUCCCACCUCUCUACUUAAAAAGAAAAAAAAAUAGCUGGGUGUGUUAGCACUUGCCUGUAGUCCCAGCUACUCUGGAAGCUGAGGCAAGAGGAUCGCUUGUGCCCAAGACUUUUGAGGUUGCUGUGAGAUAUGAUGAAGCCAUGGCACUCUACUCAGGGCGACACAGUGAGACUCUUGUCUCAAAAAACAAAACAAAAAUAAAACCCCUAAACUGCAGAACAUUGUCUCCCCAGCACUGGUGGUUAGCAAACAACUAAACAGUUGGUUCCAAGUCCUUACUCCACUUGUUAGCUGUUUUAACCUUAGUCCAGAUGGACUUCAGCCUCACUUUUUCUCAUCUGCAAAAUGGAAUUGAUUUGCUCCCUCAGGCUGUGGUGAGGACUAAGUGCAUCAUAUAUAAAAACAGCUAUUUGAUGUCUGCCUCCAGC